CGAUAACGGCGUCGUUCCUCGCGAGAGAUGAGACGCUGUGGGGCGGGCCUAGUGCGCAUGCUCAACAGAUGCGUUCAGGGACUCAACGGGAGAAGGGGAAAGGGCGCCUACCUGAUUGUGACCUGUGCCAAAGGAUGAGCUUCUACGGGACAGGCCUGAUUGCAGGACAUGGCUUUACAAGUCCCGAGCGCACCCCUGGCCUCUUCGUGCUGUUUGACGAGUAUCGUUUCGGAUUCAUCUGGCUGGAGUUGAAGUCGUUCAGUCUCUACAGUCGCCUGACGGACGGCCUCGCCCACGCACACGCCCCAAACAUGGAGCAAUUCGAGGCCAUGCUGCGCAACAUGCAGUCUUGGACAUCCUGAUAAUCCCAGCUGUAGGUCCCUUCCGGCAAUGCAAUGCAUAAUAAUAAUAAUAAUAAUAAUAAUAAUAUACAGUACUUUAUACCCAAGUAACCUCUGUAUCCUCCUCCUGCAGCGUUACAAUAUAUAUGACACAUUUUCCAGCUUUUAUCUAUACAUGUUUGUCAAACAUUUAAUUUAACUGUCCAAUAGAGGCAGUUUUAUCUCGCACACCCAAGCAAUCCCUUUGGAAGGCCAGUGCAGCAUGACAACGGGUCACAAUAUUUAUUUAUUCCCUCCAGGCAAAAAAAGGAGCGAUAUUUCAUGCCACUUCUUAUGGAGCAAACUGUAUGUGCCUCUGAUUUUAAAACCGUGUGUGUGAAGCUAAUGCAUUUCAAUUCAGUGCCCAGUAUGCUCCACUAUACACACAUGCUGGUUUUGGUUUGUCACUUUA